CAGCAGCAGCCAAGAUAUUUAUAAUCAUGAUAAGAUUAUCACUUCUGCUGUUUCAAACAUGUGCCGCGGCUCUGAUCACUAUACAACUAUCAGUUCCAACUAAUGCUUUCAAAAAGACAUCCAAUAUUGAUGAGUUUAUGGUUCAAAAUCAGAGAACCCGUAUGAGACAAAACUAUGUUCUACAAAGAGCUUUAAACAAUGACAUGGACGAUGCUGAAUUAGGAGUAACAUAUGUCACUGAGCCUUUCGACCCUAAUGCUAAUACUGAAGAAUUACCAGCAUUUAUAGUAGACUACGCCAAUAUGAUAAGAAACGAUAUUAUUUUAUUAGACAAUUCCGUCGAAACAAGGACCAGGAGAGGAAAUAUUAAAAGGGAGCAAUAUGGUCAGGGAGAUGGAAAAGAUAUACCUUGUAGUUGUGAAGAGGAAACCAAGAAACCAAUAAUUUUGGGUGACGAUUAUUUUCCUCGCUCCAUCGAAACCAGAAUCUGCAAUAAAAGCCUAUGCCCCUCACCUUAUGGUUGCCACAAACGUGUUCAUAACAUAACUGUAUUAAAAAGAAAGCGAAAUACUGACGAGGAAUCUCAAGAUGAACUACCCGACGAUCUCAUGAAGAGAUGGGUCGCCGUGAAAAAACUCGUAACUGUCGGAUGUAUGUGCGUUAGAGACUACACUGACUAA